AUGGCUGCAACAGCAGUAAUCGGCUCGACUGGCCUCGUCGGCUCAUUCAUCCUCUCCACCCUCCUCUCGGCGCCCUCAGUCAGCACCGUAUACGCCAUAGCUCGCCGCCAGCCAGCCAGUACAGACGCAAAGCUCAAGCCAUUAGUGAACAAGGAAACCUCCCACUGGGCGGCAUCCAUCACCAACGUCACCCCACCACCAGCCAUCUUCCUCAGCGCCCUGGGAACGACCAAGGUAGCUGCAGGGAGCAUCGAAGCCCAGCGCAAGAUCGAUCUCGACCUGAAUAUCGAAGUUGCGAAAGCUGCGAAGGCCGCGGGCGUCAAGAUCUACGUCCUGGUCUCGACUGCGGGGGCAAAUUCGAAGUCUAUGAUACCUUAUUCGAAGAUGAAGGGGGAGUUGGAGGAGUCGGUCAAGGAGAUUGGGUUUGAACAUACAAUUAUUCUUAGGCCGGGUCUUCUUGUUGGUGCGAGAGAGGAGAGCAGACCAGCAGAGGCUAUCCUCAGAGGUGUUGCCAAUUGCUUGGGCUCUGUUGCACAUGUCUUGAAGGAUACUUGGGCUCAGGACGCUGAGGUUGUAGGCAAGGCGGCUGUUAGUGCUGGCCUGCAGGCUUUGGAGGGUGGUAAGCCGAAGGUCUGGGAGAUUGGCCAGUCUGAGAUUGUCAGGUUGGGGAGAACGGAGUGGAAGGCUUAG